GUUAUCAGUUUCUCCAAACAAUACUUGUGAUUAAACUGUGUGGACAAUUUGAUCCCGUUCAGGAAUAAAUAUCAAGAUGCUGUGGCAGAUCUUGUCAUUAGCCGGUCUCGUGGUGUCAGUCUCUAGCCACGGUCGUGUGUCGGACCCACCCUCCAGGGCUACGAUGUGGCGCUAUGGGUACCCAACACCAGCCAACUACGACGAUACUGGACUGUAUUGUGGUGGCUUCGAUCGUCAAUACUCUGUAAAUAAUGGAAAGUGUGGUAUUUGCGGAGACGCGUUUGACUUAAGCGAACCGAGACCUCAUGAAAUUGGCGGAAAAUACGGCUUAGGUAUAAUUGUCGCUGAGUACGAAGCCGGACAAGUGAUCGAGACCACCGUCGAAAUAACCGCAUACCAUCGCGGUUACUGGUACUUCAAGAUUUGCCCUAACCCGAACACCAACGAACAAUCCUGCUUCGACGAAUACCUGCUUGAACUGGAAGACGGUGGAACCGAAUACUAUCCGCCCAGCGUAGGCAAGUACACAGUGAACUACCGUCUACCUAAAGACUUAGUCUGCGACCAUUGUGUCCUCCAAUGGAGAUACGUAGCUGGUAACAAUUGGGGCGUCUGCGAAGAUGGUUCAGCGAAACUAGGUUGUGGCAACCAGGAAACGUUUGGCGCAUGUUCUGAUAUUAAAAUCACAAAGUCUACAGUUGACGCCGUGGUGGGCCCGAUACCAGUGGAAUUGGACACUCCAUCUUAAACAAAUUAUUGUCAUAUCCGUCGAAGUCAUGGAGCUCUCAAUAACAAUUUGUCUAGUCAGAUUUUAUAUAACUUCGCUUAAUACAGAUACAGCGUGAUAUUUUACGUUCAAUUCAUUAUUUAUGAAGAAGUCAACUACAACAGCUUCGUCUCGAUUUCAUAAAAUAGAUUUAAAAAAAACUUAAAUAGUAUUAAUAUUCGCUCA